AUGACGAUAGUGCAAGAUUCAGAAAUCCCGGAGAUCUCAGGCCCAACUGCUACUAAGUUCCUCUGUCUAACGAUAUGUGGUUACCGCAAACCCGGAAUGAGCGAAGAAGACUAUCGCCACCACAUGGUCAAUGUCUCUGCACCUAUGACAAAGGGACUGAUGGUCAAGUACGGUAUCAAGAGGUGGACCCAGAUCCAUAAUCAAAAAUCAACCCGUGCCUUGAUGAGCCAGAUCUUGGACCCUCAGAUGGCGAACAUUGCAGACUUUGAUUGUUUCAGCCAGGUCGUCUUUCGGAGAAUUGAAGAUUACAAGAAUAUGAAGCAGGAUCCUUGGUAUAAGGAGCACCUAGCUUAUGAUCACGAGAAUUUUGCCGAUACUAAGAGAAGCAUGAUCACCAUAGGCUGGGUCGAGGAGUAUAUCAGAGAUGGAGAGAUUGUUGAUGGACUUGACGAUUCUUAG